AUGAAUAAAUUUUUACCUAUUAUAUUAUUUUUUUCUUUUUUUUUAAUUAUUUCACCAAUUUUUGGUGAUUGGAAAAAUAAGAAAGAAACAACAACAACAUCACCAAUAUUUUUUGAAGAAAUAAAUGAAAUCAAAGAUGAUCCUAAUAUUUAUGCACAUUCAAAAAUAAAAAUUAUGAGAGGAAAUUUACAAAAAUUAAAAAAACUUUUUAUGAAAGUUUUAUUUUUGGGUCAACAAAAGCGAUAUGAAUUAAAGUUAGAUGAAGGUGAAAAUGAUUAUGAAAUGAUGGAAGGUAUAUUUAUUAUAAUUCAUUGUCCAAUUUCUAAUGUAAAUAAUCCUAUUUUUUGGUAUAAAAAUGGUAUUUUAAUGAAAAAUGAUAAUUUUAACCAAUGGCGUUUCUCUAUAUCAAUGGAUGAUUAUAGUUUACUUAUACAACCAUUAAUAAAGAUAGAAGAUAAUGGAAUAUAUGAAUGUAAAUGUAAUGGAAGUGUUAUUUCAAGAGCAAAAUUUAUUAUACUUGAUCAACAUGAAGCAUACAUUAAAGGAUUAUUAAGUUAUUUAUUUACUGUAUUAUUUGUUACUCCAAUAAUAAUUUCAGCAAUAAUUUAUAGAUAUUUUAAACCAGAAAUAAAAGAAAGUGAACUUGAAAUAAAAAAGAAAAAUAAUUUGACAUUAUUUUAUGAAGAAAUGUUAUUGAAUCGAGAGAAGAAACAUGAUAUAUUAUUAACAAAAAAAAUGAAGGAAGCCGUUAAUGUAUAUAAAAAUAAGACGGUACAAAAAAAAAUGAACUCAUUUCGUCAAGUAGGUCUAAUUGAAGAUGAAAAAAAUAAUAAUGAUAAAGAAAUUCAGCGAUCUAUGAGAAAGGUUUUAAAAAAUGUUACAAAAAUAGCUGAACAGAGAACAUUUGAAUAUAAUGAAAAAGUAUUAAUAAGAAAUAGAAAUAAUAUACGAAAGCGAAAUGUUAAAGAAAAAGAUUCAUUAUUAAAUAUGGAUAAAGUAUUAAAUGUUUAA